AUGUCAUCCUUCUUGAAAAAGUUGAGAGGUGGAUCAAAGGAAGAUAAGAAUACAAUUUCUUUAGAAUCAUCACCAUCACCAAAUACUAAAACAGCAACUAUAUCCCCAACAACCAACUCGGAUCCUAUAAGAGUUUUGGUAAAAUUACAAAAUUUAUCAAAUAAUUCACAAGAAUGUCAAUAUAUUAGAUUAAAUCCUUCCGAUACAUUAUCUAAAACAGAGCUUUUCAAGAUUAUUCAAUCUAAAUUCCAAGAUUCGAAUCUGGAAGAAAGUUUGUGUAAACUUUCGUAUUUUGAUGUAAAAUUAAAAACGGAAGUAUCCAUCUUUGAUAGUGAAGGAGUUGAAGAUUUCAUGUUAUUUUCCAAGACGGCAGCUCCAGAGGACAAAUCAAUCAAUGUAAAAUAUCAACCAAACAAAUCAAAUUCAUCAUCUUCAGAUUUCCCUUCAAUGUCAUUCGAAAUGUCAAAUAGCAUUGCUUCUUUCAAAUCAAUGAGUGGAGGAGAAUCAUCAUCACCUGGUAGUACUGGUAAUAAUUCCAAUAAGGCCACCAAUAAUUCAGUUAUUAGAAAUGAAACAUUCUCUCAAGAAACAGUAGAAGCCAUCUUGGAAAAGAGAUAUUCUGAAAUUAUUCGAUUGGAUGCUGGUGCUUUUGGAGCUGUCUAUAAAGUGGUCGAUAGAAAGAAUGGAAAGGAAAAGGCCUUGAAGAUCAUGAUCAUUGAGAAUGUUUCGGAUAUUAAUAAUGCACUCCAAGAAGCCAUGAAAAUGACCAAAUUGACUCAUGAACACAUUGUUUCUACAUUGGAUGUCUUUUUGCCAGGAGUCAUGUCCAAGAUUUGUAUUGAAAUGGAGCUCAUGUCAAAGGGAAGUCUUUACUCAUCGGUUGUGAAACCAAAAUUGGAAUUGAAUGAAAAUAUGAUGAAAGAAGUGGCCAGACAAGUUUGUAGUGCUUUAGACAUGAUGCAGAAAACAGAUGGAACUAUUCAUAGAGAUAUCAAACCACAUAAUAUUCUGGUUAGAAAUUUGGAUCCUGAACAUGAAAUUAUUACUGUUGCUUUGGGAGAUUUUGGAUUGGCUAAAUCUUUGGAAAAUUUCACUCAAUCAGUUGCUAUUGCGGGUACAAUGAAUUAUUUAGCUCCAGAAUUGGUCGAAUAUUCUGUGAGUAAUAUGGGAUCCAAUCCAUUUUCAUUUGCAUCUGAUAUGUUUGCUUUGGGUGUUUCCAUGUAUCAACUUGCUACUUUUGAUAUGGUCACAUCAUUGGCAACACUUGUCACAAGUCAAGAUGAAGAAGAUUUCAAGAAAUUUAUAUCCAAAAAGAUUUUGGAAAGAGGAAAUUUCUCUACAGAUUUUAUUGACCUUGUCUAUUCCAUGUUGAGAAGAAAUCCAAAGGACAGAAUUUCGGCUGAAAUGGUUGUUGCUUGUUUGAGUUUGAAAGAUUUAGAUUUGAACUUGGAUAGUUUGGAUUUGAAUUUGGACGGUUUGGAUUUGAACUUGGAUGAUUUGGAUUUUGCCUUGGAUGAUCCCAAUGCUACUACUGAAGAAUCCAAAGAUCAAAAUGCAUUGAUAUUUUUGGAGGAAGUCGACAAAAUAGAGUCAACUGGAAAUUAUGAUGAAUAUUUGGAUUUUAAAAAUCCUCUCGGUAUGGUUUUACAAAAGAAGCACAACAGAUUGAUAAUUAGUAACUUUUUAAAUUCAAAUUUAUUAUCUUUGGAUUUGACAAGUAGAAAGAUUGAAGUUCACACCAAUCUAGGAGAUAUGCCAGACAAGAUGUGUUAUUCCAGCAUUGAUGAUAGCUUUGUAAUUUCAUUCAUGGGAAAGGUUUCUAAAUUCUCCUCUUCCAAGAAUGGAAAAGAAAUUUGGUCAUAUCCAAUCAGAAGAGCCAAAGGUGUUACUUGCCAAGACUCAGAUGGUACAAUAUUUGUAGGUGAUGCUAUUAAUGGCGAUAUUCUUGUACUUUCCAAGGAUGGAAAAUUAUCAAGAACCAUCACUGGUAUUGGAAUUACCUUCCCAACGGACAUGUGCCUCAGUGCAGAUCAAUCUCACUUGAUUGUCUGUGAAAAGGAAAAAAAUCAACUCUUAUUUGUUUCUAAAGAAGGGAAAAUUAUUAAGAAUGUUCCGUGUGGAGUGGAAAUUCAAUUUGAUAAGCCGUACGUGGUGAAUGUGGACGCAAAGAAUAAUUUUAUUUUUGAGGCAGAAUACGAUUCCAAUUAUUUGAGAAUUUAUAAUGGAAAGACAUGUGAAUAUGUGACAAUAUUGUAUGUUGAAGGAACAGUUUGUGGAUGUUUGGCAAUUGAUUCACAGGAAAGAAAAGUUUAUGGUUUCUAUGGUUCUGUCUUGAAGAUUUUCAAUUACUGAAAUAAAAAUAUAAAAUUUCAUGCU